UUGUGGGCGUGGUCUGUCCCUGGAGGUCGGGCGCGAACAAACAUGGAGGUUUAGUUCUCCUCUGGCGUCCAUCACAGACGGAAGCAGCUGGUGUCUUUUCUUUUCUGUUCCGUUUAAGUUACGUCUUUUCCCGUUUGUUCAAACAUGGAGAUGAAGAAGAGAGUCAGUCUGGAGCUGAGGAACAGAAACCCCGCCGAGCUGGCAGAGCUGCUUGUGGACAACUGUCGUUCCAGCGACGGAGAAGUGGAGGGUCUUACUGACGAGUAUAAGGAGCUGGAGAUCCUCAGCAUGGUAAACAUUGGACUCAACUCGCUCGCCAAACUGCCCUCGCUGCCCAAACUACGCAAGUUGGAUGUGAGCGACAACACCAUCUCCGGAGGUCUGGACAAGCUGGCCGAGAAGUGCCCCAACCUGACCUACCUGAACCUGAGCGGCAACAAGGUCAAGGAGCUGAGCACCAUUGAAGCUCUGCAAAACCUGAAGAACCUGAAGAGCCUAGACCUUUACAGUUGUGAGGUGACCACACUGGAUGACUACCGAGGCGGCGUCUUUGAGCUGCUGCCUCAGCUCACCUACCUGGACGGCUACGACCAGGAGGACAAUGAGGUUCCAGACUCUGAGGCUGAAGAUGAUGAUGAAGCCGGUCCUCACGGAGACGACGAUGACGAAGAUGAUGACGAUGAAGAGGACGAUGAAGACGACCUGUCGGACGGAGAGGAGGACGAAGUCGGGCUGUCGUACCUGAUGAAGGAAGGGAUCCAGGACGAAGAAGACGAUGGUGAUUACGUUGAUGAGGAGGAGGAGGAGGAAGAUGGAGAUGACGGCGUGCGAGGUGAGAAGAGGAAGCGAGAUGUGGAGGACGAUGGAGAUGACGGAGAGGAGGAGGAGGAGGAUGACGACGACGAUGAGUAGAUUCAGCCCUCGACCUGCCCACCGUCACCCCACCUUCCUCCCUUCCAUGACCUGUGACCCUUCUACUGCGCCCUUCAGUGUCGCGGAGAAACGCAGCGUAGGAAGUGCUUGUUUUUCUGAGCCACUGGGGGGCGUGGCCUGCAGCUUCUGACCCAAUCGCGUCAUCAUGACUGGACAGCACCUCAAUUCACCACUUUUCCAUGGAAGCGGACAUUUCCCGGCUGCAUGUCACCAGUGUUGCUGACAUCAGCACGUUAUCAUCAUCAUAGCUUCACAUAUCAAUUGCUCUUGUCGCCAUAGCAACGGCCAAUCCCAGCGUGGCUGCGUUUGUCCACUCGUUGCUGUCGUCGUGAUGACGUGGUUCCCGUCAGCUGCAGCGCUCCUUGAUCCGCGGGUCGUUAUAAGCUGUUUUUAUUCAGGUCGUGUCCUGUGGCGACCUCGAACUUUAAGUGUGUGUGUGUGCGUGCGUGUGUGACUAGCUUUAGCCCCACCCCAACCCAGGCUCUGGGUGGGGUCCCUGCUCCUGGAGGGUCUGUCCCAGUCUGUACAUAGCAGUUCUCUGUAGCUGGUAGUCGUCUUGUCGUCGCUGCAGCGACGAGCGUCCUCCAACUUAAUUUUAUUUUUUUAUUCCUGUUUUCUGACCGUGUGAUGUCACCGAGUGUUUUUGAAUAAAACAAGUUAAACUGUCCACUGAUAU